CGGCUCCGGGGGCGCAGUGCGCAGGCGCAGCCAGACGUGGCAGCCCGGUGAUGGCUCCUGCCAGGCUGAGCUGGGGAGGGAGAAUGCUGCUGCUCCAGGUCCUGAUUAUCCUGCCCUCCUGCCUCUUAACAAUCAAGGUAUCCCCGCUUAUCGAGAAAAUCGAUGAUCACAAAGACUUCAAGAAACUUCUCCGCACUCGGAACAAUGUGUUGGUAUUAUUCUCAAAAUCAGCGCCGGCUGCUGAACGCCAAUUGAAACUUUUAUCGGAUGUGGCUCAGGACGUAAAGGGCAGGGCAACCGUAUCCUGGAUAGACUGUGGAGACGCAGAAAGCAGGAAACUAUGCAAGAAACUGAAAGUGGAUCCCAGCAGCAAAUCCAAUGGGUUGGAACUGUUACAUUAUAAAGAUGGGACGUUUCACACCGAGUAUAACAGACCGGGAACAUACAAGUCCUUGGUGGCGUUUCUGAAAGACCCCGAAGGCGCUCCCCUGUGGGAAGAGAAUCCAGAAGCCAAAGAUGUCGUCCACCUUGAUACUGAGAAGGAUUUCAGGAAACUUGUGAAAAAGGAAGAGCGUCCCCUACUGGUCAUGUUCUACGCCCCAUGGUGCAGCGUGUGUAAGAGAAUGAUGCCAUCCUUCCAGCAGGCAGCAAGCGACCUCAAAGGCCCUUACGUCCUUGCCGGACUGAACGUACAUGCCCCAGAGUUCGAGAGGCUGAAAGAGGAAUUUAACGUAAAGGGAUACCCCACCAUCCUAUACUUUGAGAAGGGGAAGUUUCUCUACAACUAUGAGAAGUAUGGCGCCACUGCUAAAGACAUCACAGAAUGGCUGAAGAACCCUCAGCCUCCAGCACCCGAGACGCCAGAAUUGCCGUGGGCCGAGCAGGAGAGCACAGUCUAUCAUCUGACGGACGCAGACUUCGAUCAGUUCAUUAACGAUCAUCCCUCGGUGCUUGUCAUGUUCCAUGCGCCGUGGUGCGGACACUGUAAGAAAAUGAAGCCAGAUUUUGAGAAAGCAGCAGCGACUCUCCAUGAGGAAAGUGGUGUUGGAGUACUUGCUGCGGUGGAUGGGACAGUACACAGAGCCCUGACGGAGAGAUUCCAGAUCUCGGGGUUCCCCACAGUGAAAUAUUUUGAAAAUGGCGAGGAAAAAUAUACGCUGCCACACCUGCGCUCAGAACAAAAGAUUGUGGAAUGGAUGCACAACCCAGAAGCACCGCCUCCUCCGGAGCCGGCGUGGGACGAGAAGCCAUCCAGUGUUGUACACCUCCUCGGAGACGAUUUUCGUGAGAUCCUGAAAAAGAAGAAGCACGCUCUUGUUAUGUUCUACGCUCCAUGGUGCCCUCAUUGCAAGACGGCAGUCCCACAUUUUACAACGGCUGCUGAAAUGUUCAAAGAAGAUCGCAAGAUUGCUUAUGCUGGCGUGGACUGCACCAAAGAGAAGAACCAGGAUCUCUGUAAGCAGGAAGGAGUUGAAGGCUUUCCCACCAUCAGCUAUUAUAACUACGGAAAGCUUUCUGAGAAAUACAGCGGUGAACGCUCGGAAUCUGGUUUCAUUGAUUUUAUCAAAUCACUUCGGGAUCGAGACCACAGCAAGCUGGGCAAGAAGAAGGAGGAAUUGUAAAAUGGGUCUGGAGGAUAAAUUCCAGAACGCACUGUGAUAAGGCUUCCGGCCCCAGGAGGUUAACCUGUUUCCUGCCAAACCAUCUCCGCCUCCUGAUAAUGACUGAAAAAAAUCAAAAAAACUCAAACAAAAAAAUAUUUUUUAAAGUAUGUUUUUCAUGUAUUUUGAAGGAAAGUCAAACCACUUUUUCGGAUGAUUCCAAACCAUUUAAUGAUUUUGUUUUGGAGAGGAGAGGUCUUCUUUCUUUCUUUUGUGGAUGGAUAAUGAGCGUUGCGACUAUGCAAUUAAUCUUUAGACACUGUUAAUUAUUAUAGAAAGGCUGGCGAGAUUCUAGAGCUCCCCUAGACUGCGCUGUGUGGGUACAACAUAUACCCAGUAACGCCACAUUAAAUCCAAUGCAUUAUUAUUCCGUAAACACUGCUGGCCACCAGCUAACGGACUGUAACUCCCAUCAUCCUGGGAGUCCUAGUCCAGAGUGCAGCUGUAGGUUGUCACGCACACUAUGCAGUUAAUGGCUCAUUAAUAUUGUUGGGGUUUUGUUUUCUUUUAUUAGCGCUUCCAUUUUGAGCUGAACCAGGUUUUAAUAUUCUAUUCUUCUACAAUUGCUCUUAUUUGUAUAUUGUUCUUGAUUUCACAAAUCCAAACUAGUGAUUGUUUUUUUAAUGCCAAAAAAGAGAUUUUUCCUAUUUUUUUUUUUCCCCCCUAUUUCCCAUAGUUUUUUGUUUUUUUUUGUUAAACGUAUUGAUUGGGUUUGGGAUUUUCUCCAGAGCUCGCGUUUCAUACACUGUAUAGCUACACUGACCUUUCACACUGCAAAGAUGGCUUUCAAUGUAAAACGGGCUCUGUCACCUAAAUAAUGUUUUGCAGUGGGAACGAAGAACGUCACCUUUUUAUAUACUGAUAACAGGGUGACAAUCAAAUUAAAGCUCCAGAGAAAUUCGGGGGAUUUAACGAUUUGGCACAAUAUGCAAAUGAACUACUGUGAUAAUAAUGCUGUGCGUUAUCAAGUUUAUUCUCUCGGUCUUUAAAAACUUUGUAGGUGACGGGGUCCCUUUAAUCCAGGAAUAGGCUCUGUAACGCACAAACAUAACAUUAUUUAAAGGAGGGGUGUUUUCUUAUUUUUUAACAUAUUGCUUGAUUUACAUUGCUGCCGUAGGUCCCAGAGCUGCAUUACAAGCGCUUUACUCCAAUCUGAUUUAAAUAGGUGCUUUAACUAUUUCAGUGUGAGAGGGGAGACCAGCAAGUCUACACAUGGGUUUCCCCGUGUGGGCCCCCUUUAUGUUCCAUUCCUUCGAAGCGGCUAGUUAUCACACGCACCCAGAAAAUAAAAUACAUAGGACACUUGCUGCUGGAAACGCCAGCCAUAACCAUUGCUCAGGGAAAUGUUUCCAAACCUAUAUUUGCAGAUCCAUUGCGGACCGCCAUCGCAGGAUGCCACACACGGUUUACACACCUGCAACAACAAAAAGAUAAAUAUUUGCAAAAUGAAGUGUAGAGGGAAAUAAAGCCAAAAAUAAUGAUAUACCUAUCUAAUUAUUGUUUGUUUUUACCAUUAUUGAGAUAUUUGGGGAUGGCACCAUCUCUGUGUAUAAUUUAUAUGCAGUAAUUAUCUGAUACUUAUCCCAGGCUGUACAUGGAUUCAAUGGACCGUAUUUUUGAUAUGCAGAAUGAAAUAAAAUAAAGAUAGAAUUUGUUUACAUCUUU